CCUGGUCCAUCGCGACCGGAGAAGAAAUCAAGAUGAGGCUCGGACUUUUCGUCUUUCUCAGCCUUGCAUUUUGCGCCGCACAAACCACUCAAAGCGAGGACUACAUUCCAGCUCCGUAUUUUGAGGGCGGAGAAAACUUGAGCGUCGAGAAGUGUGGUCACGAAGAUUCUCCUUACCGCUGGGCCGUUUCUGUUAGAACUCUAGCAGGGGAAAAUGAACAUUGCGGAGGCAUAGCCCUUUCUCCAAGAACUGUUCUAAUAACAGGCAAAUGCGGCUUCUCAACACGAGAUGCAAACGAUUUACGGGUCUCUCUUAGAGCUUGUUGGUGGACACCAAAUGAUGAUGAAUGCAAGAAAAGGGACAUAAGAAUCUUCGAUAUAAUUGAACUACCUUUUACUAAAGUUGCCAUAACUGAAAAGAUGAUGCCUAGUGAAGUAAUGCCCAUUUGUUUGUUCAACCGAGACAACCUAAUGGAUUCGGAACUUCAAACAGAAUCACCCUACUUUGAAUGGCAACAUUUUUGGAUUGGGGGUUACAAACACUGGACACAGAAAAUUGUUAUUGGACCAGGCGAAUGCAUAAAAAAUCUAUCAAAAAAUGAAUUGGAUCAUCUGAAGAAUUCUCACAUUUCCACAAAAAAUAUCCUCUGUUUGAAGGAUCACAAUCACGGUUUGGGCAAUAAAAUUUUGGUGAACCGAUACAAAAGGAGAUAUUUCUUGAGAGCAAUAAAAUUUGAGCAUGGCAAUUUUUACAUUGAUAUAUUGCCAUACAUUGACCAGAUUGUGAGAAAUGCAAAAGGUAUUUAUGCUCUGUCGAUGCCGCAGCCAACACCCCGAAAAAUAGAGUUCAGCGCACCAGACAACCUCAGUUUCCCCGACUGUGGAAGGAAACCGACAGCAGAAAGUAGAAGAAAACGAGACAAUGAUGAUUCAUCCGAGGAUUUGUCACUGAUCCAUCAUAUUUUCGGAGGCAGCACAGCUCAGCAAGGUGGACACCCGUGGCAUGCUAACAUUGAAAAUGAGGAGACUGGAGGAAUCUGUGGCGGAACAUUGAUUUCGCCGACAGUAGUUUUGACUGGUAGGGAAGCAAAAGAAUUGAUGAAUUUUCGUGACUUCGAUUUAAAAUAUUCUUUUUAGCUGCACAUUGUCUUUAUGGAUCAAAAGCAGAGGACUUCAUAGUUGUUCUUGGGAUGUAUGAUAAAAGACAAAGAACAGCUCCUGGUGUUCAGACAAGAAUGGUUAGCAAUCUGGUCACGCACCCAAAAUAUGACUCUACGAAUUUCAUUAGUGACGUCGGACUCAUGAUUUUGAAGACAAAAAUACGAAUUACCGACCAUAUCCGACCGAUUUGCCUGUGGAACGAGGAUUCUAACUUGGAUCGCGUGGCUGGAACUAUAGCUAUGGCGGUUGGAUUCGGGCUUGCUGACAAUUACACGCGCACAGAUAAAUUGCAAGAGGUUCGACUGCCGAUUUUAGCUCAUAAAGAGUGCUUCUUGUCAAAAAGGGCGUUUUUUGGGAAAUAUUUGCGGCCGGGAGACAAUUUUUGCGCCGGAUACAC